CCUGAGGGGUCUUCGGUAGGUUAUAUACUCCCACGUCCGUACCGAGAAGGUACAUUUAAACCGAGUCCUGUAGCGGAGACGAGGGUGGAGGAACAGAGACACAACAAAAGCACAACAGCUGACACGACGGGGCUCGAUCAGCUAAAAAGGGGGCAUCUUCAUCUGUGUAUUUUUGGCUUUGGUUUGCAAGAUCUUGGAGAUGUCCAACGUCCAGUUGUCGGGCAGCGUGCAGGAGAGGCUGGUGGCCCGCAGGACCUUCCCUCUCCACAGGCGCACGACCGUCUGCCGCAACCUCUUCGGACCGGUGGAUCACGAAGAGCUGAGCCGUGAGAUGAAAGACAAAAUGCGGGAGAUUUCCGAACGGGACCAACAGAGAUGGAACUUUAAUUUCGAGGCCAACACCCCGCUGGUGGGGGAUUACGAGUGGGAAGAGGUGCCCGUGGAUACCAGCCCGGGGUUUUAUCAGGACUCUGUACAGAACGAAAGGAGCAAGGUAGCCGAGACGCCCGUUACGCGGAGGCCCUCGGCGGACUCCGUCCUCCCGGAGGCCCCUGACAUGGAUGUACUGGAGCGCUUGGCCGUGCCCGAGAGCAGCGGCGCUCCUUGCCCGGGUGAGGUUAACCAGGAGAACCGCACAGACACGCUCAACUCCGGGAGGCCAGCGCAGAGACACGUCCCGUGUGUGAGACGCAAGAGAGCGGCCGCUACUGACAACAACACACACAUCACAGACUUCUUCGUCAAGCGAAAGAGGGCUGCCGAUAAAAAACCCAAUGAUACAAGCGCGUGCCACCUCUCCAAGUCUCCGAUCCCAGUGGAACAAACCCCACGGAAGAGGAUCCGUUGAAGGUGCCUCUAUUUUUAUUUUAUUUUUUGCACUAUAUACCAUUUUUUACGAGGAUCAAGACGGGGAUGUUUCUCCCUGCUUCUUCCACGCCAGAGAGCAGGAGGAGGAGGAGGAGGAGGAGGAGGAAGAGGCGGUGCGGGAGAAAUAAGGCCGACCGGCCGGUGUCUCCGGCUCGGUGCGCCGCCCGGAGCACUCGGACCGGACUCUCAGGACUGACACGGUUUGGGGAGGAAGGGGAGAGGAGAGAGAGGACAUGUUUGACUUCUAUCCAGUACAAAUGUAGCAUCCAUUGUUGCUUUGCAUACAGCCACUCGACAGUGUUAAUGUUUUAACAUCUGUGCAAUCCUAAAUUACUUUAAAAUAAUUGUCUACACUGGCCAAAAGUGUAAAGCUUUAUAGAGACAAUAAUUGUUUAUUUCUGUUCUGUUUUUCUAUGUAUAUUUUAAGUCUAUUCUAACUUAUAAUUUAUUUAUGUUUCUUUACGUUUGCUAAAUGCCUUGUUGAUUUAGCCAAAGGGCAGGUUUUUAUUUUAUCAUUUCCAUUUCGUGUUGUUGUGAUGUUUUGCAAUCAUGUAGCUUAGUAGUCAACACUUGAAAACCAAUUUUUUGUGUGUUUCUGAGCCGUUUUUUGUGUUUGCAUACAAGUGGCCUAAUUCUGUCUGUAAAAGAGGAGAAUAAAACAAUGUUCACUUCAACUUGAA